AUGAAGAACAGAAAUAUGGGAUUUAAUGGUUACAGCGGGUAUGCCCCACCGCCAAUGCCGUAUGCAUGUUACCCAUGCUCUGGUUGUGGUGGUGGUUAUGAUAGAUGCGGGUGUGAUGACGGCUUCAACAAUGUAAACUACGUGCCGUAUCCCGUUCCUGUACCAAUGCCCAGCGGUGGGACUAUAGCAGACCCUAAUCUGUACCCAAUGCCUACGGAUGAGUUAACAAUUAUACCAUCGACACCUGGACAAGCUGUGAACCCGAGAGAUAAUGAAUUCAGUUACGCGCAAUGGCUGGACAAUUACGGACUAUACAAUGUCAAUCCUGAAAGGAUGAUGACAUUUGACGGUUCUCCUGUUCCCAAUUACGUCAACGCACCGUCAUCGCAACCAAUAGUCAUCGUAGUUGAUAAAGAUGACGAUGACAAAAUGGACAUUCUAGAUUGGCUGGACCUUUUCACAAGUUUUCGUAACGGUAAUGCGGGUAAUCCCGUUUACGUACCGUAUCCCAUUCCCGUACCAUUCUGUGGGUGUUCGUGUGGCAAUGGUGGGAAUUACUAUUGA